UAGCGGGAAUUCCUCCACGUGGUUGACCCUCGCGCUGUCGUCUCUGUCACUGUGUGGACACUAUCCCCUUUUGUCAGUCGACGGUACGUGUGGAGAGCUGGGAACGCAUGUUCGGCAGAGAGAACUCAAGUCCAACUACCACAAUUUCGUGCGGGAGCACCGAAGUCUUCAGGAAAGAAGAACUGCAGACCAGAGCGAUGGACGAGAAGCGCGGGAAACAAAAGAGACGCGACAGAGUUUUCAAAACAAAGACACACAACAGUGCCAAAACCCAGACUAAGACUGGUGGGGAUGUCCUGGCACAGAUAAAGGCUAAAGAAAACAUCGUGGCUCCCAACAACGGAGGACAAAGAGUCACCAUCUCUCGAGAGAGCGUUCCUUCUCUCUCCACUCAAAAGGUGGGGAUAUACAACAGAGGAAAGUCUUCUUUGACGGUGUCACGAGGACGGCCACUACAUGACAUUCAGCCGUCUCAGAAGACGGUGAGGGAGGCUCAGAAGGACCUGAAACGUGUACUGGGCUACAGCAGCGAUGAGAAAUCUCCCCGGAAACGAGUCUCCCCUCUUUCCGAGGGGGACAGAGACACCGCCUCUUCCUCUUCCCACGUGGUUACUGGAGGACAGCGCCCUGAGGAACCUAAACAAUCUGGCAGUGAGAUGGAUACGUCUCCUGAUAAACAGACGUCCACGAUGGAUGGCGAAUCUGUUCGUGCCAUUGCUCGCAGGAUCACUGGCGGGCUCCACCCACGGAUGGUCUACCCCGACUCAGACUAUCUCACCAACACAAAGGCAGAGCUGAGGAAACUACUCAAGCAGGGGGUGGACAGUUCCAGAGAAGCUAAAGCGGACAUGGAUUCUCUGGUGGCCUGCAGUCUCUCCAACAACCCUCCUGCCAAUGGAGUGUUCCUACUGCCUCCCUCAGUCACAGCAGAAGAUGAACCUAACGACUCGUUCUUCUCCCUCCAUCUCUACGAGGACCAAACCCCGGUCCAGCCUGACAUGACACCCAGUCCAGACUACCCCAUGGACAUGCUCCAGACUGCUGCUCUCUUUCCCCCCAUCUCCCCUUCCCCUGAGGCUGGUCCUCCCCUCCAUCUCACAGAGGUCGAACUCACCACCACCUCUGACCAUACAUACCCUCCUCUUCCACCCGUCGGAGAUCCAUUCCAAAUGGAGCCCACUCCUCCCUCCCCGGCGACCGAACCUCCGCAGGACUUUCUCGAUCUUCUGGACACCAUGCAGCAGGGGAACGUUGGGGAUGACCCUCCUAAUUUCCCCUUCCCUCGAGCUCCAGGUGCCAAAUGGCUACCGACACCUGAGCGACCACCCAUGUUCCGUCAGAAACUCUACUGACCGACCCACUCUAUGAUGUCAUCACAAUUCAAGACUCCUAAAGCACGUGCAUAAUUAUAACAGGAAUAUUUUUAAACCUUCAGUGAGAGAAGAUGAAUCAGUUCUAAUCUCAACGAGUCUUUGCAAUGUCGUCCAACAGUGCGCAGGCACCGUGCAAUGCAUUUCAAUGUGGUCAUCAUUUUGUGAGCCCCGAGAAGUCUGGAAAAUAACGUUGUCACCCUAUAUGACAUUGUGCUAUAGCUGACAUCAUGUCUGAAACGUUACCCUAUGUUGAUGUCAUGGUCAAACCAAUAUUUAUUAUCAGUGUCAUUCAAUGUCACAUUAUCUUAUGAUAUAAAAAACAACGUGAAUGUACAAUGUACAGCUAAAACGAUUUAAAAAUAUACCACUCGUAUUAUAGUGCAUAAUAAUUUAUGUACCUAUAACCACAGGGGCUACCCGGUUAAUGGGUUGAAGUUUACACGGAUUUUCUCUCCCUGGCUGAGCAUGGCCACAACGGGGUAAAAUCCACCCCGGGGUACCUCGCAAUCCACUUCCCCCACUUUCUCUCCGUUCUUUGUGAAGUAGACGAUGCAGGUCCGACGGUCAGGUCUUGCUUCUCUCCCUCUCCCUCCCUCCCGUUGCCUCUGGGCCAUCCUUCGCAGCACAGCCGCCUCCAUCAUCUGCUCCCUCCCAAACGGCCGCCUCCCUCCCCCGAAACGAAAGGGGCCUCCUCGUCCAAGGCCCGGAGGAAUCAGGAAAGGGUCUGGGAGCAGCAUGUCCCCCAGAAUGGAGUCGUCACUGUACGAUUCUUCAGAGAUGUCCGACCCUUCGCUCUCCGUGCCAUCUCCCAUCAGUAGUCUCUGCUGUACCGGUCGCUCUAGCUCCACGUCUUGUUCCGUGUCACUCUCUUCACUCUCUGACCCCACCUC